AUGUUUCGUAAAGUCUUACUCGUUUUAUUCUUUACACUUCACAGUAACACGGCCGCUCUAUCUGUGACACCUUCUCCACCACGAUGGCCUUCGGUCUGGAUGGCAACUGGUAGUGCACAUUAUUUAUUUAAUAAUCAAACAGUAAGUACACAAAUUUUUUAUGAUUGGACUCGACCAGCACAAGUUAUGAACAUGAUGAGAGAAGACUCUUAUACAUAUACAAUCAUGCAUAAUGGAACUACAGUUUGGCGAUUGGAACGUGCAAAUCGAACAUGUUGUAUUGAUCCGCAGCAAACAGGUGUAACACCACCAAGACCAGAUUGGUUACAAAUUGGUAAUGACACUACUUAUGAUGGGAUUAUCACCGUCAUGGAACAUUCGUGUCAUUCAUGGACAAAAGAUGUACCCGAUGUUGCAACGUUCUCAUGGUUAACAUCAGUUGCAACUGGUGUACCAUGUCGUCUUGGAUGGUUAAAUGCUAUGCAUGCUGACUUUUCAUAUUACUCAGAAAAUCCUGAUUUAUUACCAAAAGGCAUUUUUGAUGUGCCUGAUUAUUGUCCACAUGAAAUAACAGAUCCAAAUUGUAGUAUCAUGCAUUUUUAA